AAUUAGAAGAUAAAAUAUCCAAGAAAAAUAUAGGUGCAAUAUUCAAGAAGAAAACAGGCACACCAUCUGGGAAAAAAGUAAAUGUAAUACCCGAGGAAGCAAUAGAUGUAAUAUCCGAAGUAGACAUAAUAAUUGAAA